AUGAGUCUAAAGCAGAUUUUGAAGUCGGCGGCGCUCAAGGGAGUGACAGAGGAGAGGGAUAGGAUCUUCGGGCACUUUCUCAACCCGACGGGGCAGAGAUCUCCUCACAAAAUCCUUCGAAAGAAGCUGAUCAGCGAUAAGGUGGCAGAGUGGUACCCGUACGACAUCAAGAAGGAUGACCCCCUGGUGAUGAGGAGGCUCGAGCACGAGCACCUGGUGAAGCUCGAGAUGAUGAAGGGCCCACCCAAGAAGGGACAGGGCAAGCAUGCCGUUAAGCACAACAAAUAAACACUGGAUGCAUUUUGGGUAGGUGAUGCU